AUGCUCUUCCUCCUCGCCUACGCCUCGGCUAGUGCCCACUCCCGCUCCGGUCACUGGCAGACGGCACUAGCAGAUGAAUGCACCGACAUUAACAACUGCCGCCGGCUCUUCGACAUCGUGUGGGGCUGCCUGGCCACCAUAUUCCUGUGCAUCUGGGUGUCCGUGCACCCGAACAUUCCUCCUCCGACAGCCGCGAGACCCGAACGCGGAGCUGGGUUUUGGAGGCGAGCGAAAUGGCAACUCGUCACUACCAACGGACCGUUGCUGCAGCGGGUAAAGCUCAUGGCCGCGGCGCUCAUCGCGCCUGAGAUUAUUGUUGGUAUGGCGGCGAAGCAGGCCAUCAUGGCCCAAUCUUUUGCUCGAGAGUUCCAUAUAUCGCUCACCCAUGGCUUCUUCCUCGUCAUGGGCGGGUUCGCCGACGCCGACGGCCACCCCAUCGUCACAGUGAAACAGCUCAUGACCGGAGAUGUGGUGCAGGAAAUUCACGCUACUCGCGAAUCGGACAUCGCAGACAAGAGCAAAGGCGAUGUGCUGUCCAAGGGCAUCGCGCUAUGCCAAGGCAUUUGGUUCAUUGCCCAAUUCGCCACACUGGCCUUCGCGACGCUCAACGGGCUCACGUGGCUGCUCUGGCUCCCGAAGCCGCUCGAUGUCCGCAAUCCGAUCCAGCUCUCUGCUACUACUAUGCAGAAUGAGGUCGUGCCCGUCAAGAUACACCCUCCCAGCAUAUCGUGGUCCAGCCGGUUCACUUCCGUCUUCAUGAACCUCUACGAGCCCCACGUGUACGAUCCUCUCUCUGCCACAUCUGUCCCGACCUUCUGGUGCACAACAUACACGGACUACGAGCGCCUCUCCGAGCACGUGCUCACGCUCCGCACCGUAGUCUUCUCCGAGCUCCUCUGCGGGUCCCUCUUUGGCGCAGUCCACUGUCCUCCGUUGUCGAAAUGUGGCUCUGGCGCGCUUCGGCGCUGA